AUGAUUAUCGCUGCUGGUGUACGAUGGGCCCGUAAAUCUCACGAGAAGAAGAAAAAGGAGAAAGAACAGCAAGGACAGAUUCACAACCUACAAACUCAACAACCACACCAAGAGCAGGAUACCAACAGAAUGCUUAAGAAGGAUAAAGACACAUUGAAUGUUCAAGAUUCUUCCAAGCUCGAUACCCAAUGUGAUCGUGACAACGGUGAGGACAAAGGGAAUAUGGGUAGAGGUGGGAUGGGUCCGGGGAGAGGAAGGGGUAGAGGAAGAGGAGGAGGAGGUAGAAAACAAGUAUCGAAUCAUAUAUUGUGUUCAUACGUCUCGUUGUAUUGGAUGAUUGUGUGA